AUGGGUAAAGUGGGGUUUGUUGCGUUUGUGGUUGGCGUGGUGGUGAUCAUUAUCAUUGCCCUGGCUGUAGGCUCUCGAAAGAACAAUGAAGAGAAGUCUACAACUGAGGGCAACCUUACAUCUGAUAUGAACCCUACAACUGAGAUGAACCCUACAACAGAGGUGAGCCCCAUAAAUGAAGCUGAAGUGUGGAAAAACUACAGGUUACCAACUUCUCUGGCUCCACUGUAUUACAAUGUGACUCUCUGGCCUCGACUUGUAAUGGACGCCAAAGGCAUGUAUAUUUUCACUGGACAUUCAGGAGCUGCCUUCACAUGUGUGAAUGAAACAGGUCUGAUCCUCAUUCAUUCCAACAAACUGAACUAUACUUUGACACGGGAUGGAUACCACGCAAUGCUGAGUGGGCUGAAUGGGGCUAAAGCUCCAGCCAUUAAGAAAACAUGGCUUGAAGUGGAAACCCAGUAUUUGGUGGUUCAGCUCAGUGAAAAGCUGCAGGUUGGAAGCACCUACUGGCUCUACACGGAAUUCCGUGGAGAGCUGGCUGACGACCUUCACGGAUUUUACAGAAGUGAAUAUGUUGAGGAUGGAGUGAAGAAAGUUGUUGCCACAACUCAGAUGGAGCCCACCGAUGCCAGGAGAGCCUUCCCAUGCUUUGAUGAGCCGGCGAUGAAGGCCGUUUUCCACAUGACUCUCAUUCAUCCACUCGGCACUGUGGCUCUAGCUAAUGGCAUGGAAACUGGCACAGAAACAAUCACGCUGAACAAGAAACAGGUUUUACAGACCAAGUUUGAACCAACUGAAAAGAUGUCAACGUAUCUGUUAGCUUUUGUCGUCAGCGACUUUAUUUCCACAAAAACCCCAGCAGAGGCCAAGGUUCUGAUCCGAAUCUGGGCUCAGAGGAAGGCCACUGAAGCUGGACAGGGGGAAUAUGCCCUGAACAUCACUGGCCGCAUCCUUAAUUUCUUUCAGUACUACUACAACUCAAAAUACCCCCUGCCAAAAUCAGAUCAGAUCGCACUGCCUGAUUUCAGUGCUGGAGCCAUGGAGAACUGGGGUCUGAUUACUUACAAAGAAACAACUCUUCUGUAUGAUCCCAUCACGUCCUCCAAUAGAGAUAAAGAGCGGGUGUCCACUGUGAUUUCUCACGAGCUUGCACACAUGUGGUUUGGAAAUCUUGUGACCAUGAAAUGGUGGAACGAUCUGUGGCUAAAUGAAGGUUUUGCUACCUACGUCUCUUAUCUUGGGGUCAAUGAAGUUCAACCAAGCUGGAAUAUUGAAGCUCUGAUGGUGCUAAAGGUGGUUCAUAAGGCUUUCGAAGUGGACGCUCUGACAUCUUCUCACCCUCUGUCCUCCCCAGUAGAGGAGGUCAAUACACCUGCACAAAUCAAUGCAUUGUUUGACUCCAUUACCUACAGCAAGGGGGCUGCUGUGUUAAGAAUGCUUUCCGAGUUCUUAUCUGAGCCUGUCUUUGCCAGAGGACUCAGUGCCUAUUUGAAGCAGUUUGCAUACGGCAACGCAGAGUACACUGACCUGUGGGGGAAACUUCAGGAAGUGGUCGACGCUGAUCCAGCAGUGAACCUUCCAGCCUCAGUGACUGAAAUCAUGAAUCGCUGGAUUCUCCAGAUGGGCUACCCAGUGGUCACCAUAGACACCCGAACAGGACGUAUCACUCAGAAACACUUCCUGUUAGAUGCAGAUGCAGAACUGGACAGGCCAUCUGAAUACAAUUAUGAGUGGUUUGUGCCUAUCAAAUGGAUGAAGAGUGGAACUGUCAUGGGGCAGCACUGGCUGCUUGAGAAAACAGCCACUCAUGAGCCGAUGAGGACAAACAGUGAAUGGUUGCUGGCCAACGUGAAUGUGUCAGGAUUUUACAGGGUUAACUACGACUCCCAAAACUGGCAGCGUCUUCUCUCACAGUUAACUUCAGAUCAUUCGGUCAUACCUGUAAUCAACAGGGCUCAGAUUGUGGAUGAUGCAUUCAACCUAGUAAGGGCAAAGAUUAUCAGCAUAACAGUGGCUCUGAGCACCACCAUGUAUCUCUCAAAGGAGAGGGAGUACAUGCCGUGGGAGUCUGCCAUCAAGAACCUCAAUUACUUCCUUCAAAGGUUUGAGCAGACUGAAGUCUACGGAGCAAUGCGGAAGUACCUGCGGGGUAAAGUUCAGCCUCUGUUUAAUUACUUCAAGACCAUCACUGCAGACUGGACUGAGAUUCCAUCAAGUCACACUGACCAACUCAACCAGGUUAAUGCAAUGUCAUUUGGAUGCAUAGCUGGAGUAGAAGAAUGCAUCGAUCUCACUAAAACGUGGUAUCGCCAGUGGAUGGAGAAUCCUUAUAAAAACCCAAUCCACCCCAACCUGAAGUCGACUGUGUACUGCAAUGCCAUCGCUGCUGGAGGUGUGGACGAGUGGGAGUUUGGCUGGAACAUGUACAAGAACAGCAGCAGUGCUGCUGAAGCAGAGAAGCUGUUGUAUGGUUUGUCAUGCACCACAAAGCCCUGGCUUCUGAAUAGGUGAGCCUAAAAGCUAACCAUCGUCCUGCAGACAACGUUUG